GCACCACCAAAUCAAAAUUUCUCAAUUGAAAUAUAUUAAAUCAAUUAAUGAGUCCUUCUAAAAUGCUGCCACGUAAAGAAUUUCCAGCGCGUCGUUCGAAUUUGCUACGUGGUCCAUGUUUGAGCUUAAGGCCUCAAGGUAGCAGCAAAAUGGAUCGCUAUGAAAAAUUAAGUCGGCUAGGCGAAGGUUCAUAUGGCGUCGUAUAUAAGUGUCGCGAUCGUGAAACAGGCGCCUUAGUAGCUGUCAAACGUUUUGUGGAAUCCGAAGAUGAUCCGGCCAUAAGAAAAAUUGCAUUACGUGAAAUUCGGCUGUUAAAAAAUCUAAAGCAUCCAAAUCUGGUCUCACUACUGGAGGUAUUCCGGCGUAAACGACGUUUACAUUUGGUAUUUGAAUUCUGUGAGCUGACAGUGUUGCACGAAUUGGAGCGACAUCCGCAAGGCUGUCCGGAGCAUUUAACCAAACAGAUCGUCUACCAGACAUUGCAGGGGGUGGCCUAUUGCCACAAACAGGGUUGCCUGCAUCGUGAUAUCAAACCGGAGAAUAUACUGUUGACAGCGCAGGGACAAGUGAAGCUGUGCGAUUUUGGUUUUGCGCGCAUGUUGAGUCCUGGUGAGAAUUACACAGACUACGUGGCCACCCGUUGGUAUCGGGCGCCCGAGCUACUUGUCGGCGACACGCAAUACGGCACCGCAGUGGAUGUGUGGGCGAUUGGCUGCUUAUUUGCGGAGUUGGUGCGCGGCGAGGCGUUAUGGCCCGGUCGCAGCGAUGUAGAUCAACUUUAUUUGAUACGCAAAACGUUAGGCGACCUGCUGCCAAGGCACAUACAGAUUUUCUCACAAAAUGAAUAUUUCAAGGGCAUCACUCUGCCGGUGCCGCCAACGCUGGAACCGCUCGAAGACAAAAUGCCAGCUAAAUCACUACAAAAUCCGCUCACUAUUGACUUUCUCAAGAAAUGCCUGGACAAGGAUCCUGCCAAGCGUUGGUCUUGCGAAAAGCUCAUCAAACACUCAUACUUCGAUGAUUACGUUGCCAAACAGCGUGAACUGGAGCAUGUUAAUAGCCUAGAGGCAGCCGCACUUCAACGUCAGCAGCAAUUUGUACAGCAACAGCAACAGUUGCAACAACAUUUGAUGCUGCAGCCGCAUAGUCAACAAUUGCAACCACAAUCACAACAACAUACGCCGCUGCAGGCGCACCAGCACCAGCACCAGCACCAGCACCAACAGCAGCAGCAACAACAACAGCAUACACCAUUGCUGCUGGCAGCGCAAGCAGCGCGUGACAAAUCAAAGACUUCAAAUACUUCGCUUCCAUUACUGACCAAUACACAGCUGUCGCAUCAUCAUCAGGACUAUGUGAAGCUGCAACCGAUUAAUAAGAAUGCAACAUUGCUGCACCGCACCGAACAUCAUUUGCCAACGAUAUAGAGUGUCACAACAUACAUAAGUAUGUAUGUAUGUAUGUAUGUAUGUAGCUAGCUAUAAGUGACAACUGGGCUGUUGGCUGUUGACUAUUGGCUAGCUGACUGGCGGCAGGCAUACGAGUUUGGUAAAUGCGGCAACAUACAAGCACCGGUCGGUUGUCUGCCAUUAGCAUGCUGCAGCUGCAUUCUUCACUCACUGAGUGUAGUGUGUUUGUACAAAGUUGCAGCGGCGCUUGAUUGGAGCCUUUAGUGUCGGUUAGGAAUGUAGUGUAUUUUUGGAAUGCAAUUUUAAUUUUUAUCUACUAAUUUUUUUUAAUUAUAAAUUUACAUACUUAAGUAAUAUGCAUGUGAGUAUAUUUUAACAAAA